UACCCCGGAAGUGCCCUGUCAGCCAUGUCUCUGGAGUCCGUGCGGUACAGUCGCGGAUCGUUACUGGUCCUGAAUCAGCUGCUGCUGCCUCACAGGAGCGAGUAUGAGCCGGUGGCCGGAGUGCAGCAGGGGGCUCAGGCCAUCCGGUCCAUGAAGGUGCGGGGGGCUCCGGCCAUCGCCAUCAUGGGGGUCCUGAGCCUUGCAGUGGAGCUGGCGUCACAACCCUUUCAGGAAAUAUCCGCUCUCCUGACGUUCGUCCGCAAGUCCCUCGAUCUCCUGAUAGACGCCCGCCCGACGGCCGUCAACAUGAAGCAGGCAGCUGAUGAACUGAAUGCGUUCUUGGCCCUGGAGGCUGAGAAACCGGGGGCCACGGCCAAGGGACUGAGCGAAAGCGCCAUCGCCUGGGCGGAGGCUCUCCUGGAGAAGGACGUCGAGGACAAUCGCAAGAUCGGGGACUUCGGAGCCAAACACAUCCUUCAGGAUGCGGGACCCGCGCAGAGCGUUUGUAUCCUCACUCACUGCAACACCGGCUCGCUGGCCACUGCGGGGUACGGUACAGCAUUAGGUGUGAUCCGGUCCCUCCAUUCCCUCGGCCGCCUGUCUCACGUCUUCUGCACGGAGACCCGUCCCUACAAUCAGGGCUCCAGGCUGACGGCCUACGAGCUGGUCUACGAGAAGAUCCCGGCCACUCUCAUCACAGACAGUAUGGCUGCCGUCACCAUAAGAGAGCGCCACGUGUCCGCUGUGGUGGUGGGCGCCGACCGGGUGGCUGCAAACGGCGACACCGCCAACAAAGUGGGGACGUACCAGCUGGCCAUCCUCGCCCAGCAUCACGGCAUCCCGUUCUACGUGGCGGCCCCGAGCACCUCGUGUGACCUCAGCUUACCCACCGGCGACCGCAUCGUCAUCGAGGAGAGACCCAGCAACGAGCUGACGGACAUCAACGGCGUGAGGGUGGCCGCGCCAGGGAUCGGUGUUUGGAAUCCGGCUUUCGAUGUGACUCCCCACGCGCUGAUCACCGGAAUAAUCACCGAGCGCGGGGUCUUCAAACCCGACGAGCUGAAGGACGGCCUGACCCGGGAUCCCUGAGCCUGUUUGGGGGGGGGGGGUUUCUCAGAAUGUGUCCCUCCCCAAAGCGUGAUCCCUGUCAUUAGAACACAGUCUUUCUAAUACGGAGUAACUAUAUACCCGGGGCGCCCCCCAACACUCCGCGUCCAAUGCAACAUUCCGUCUGUACAGUCAAAAUCCUGAAUAAACAAAAUGCUGAAAAAUA